UUUGUUUGCUGUAACUGCAGUGUGCUUGAGGUUGUUGUUGUGGAUGUUUGAAUAAAAUGUUUCUCUUUUCAAUUUUGCAUUUUCUUAUCUUGAAAACAGCUGAAUACUUUGGAUGGUGACUGGUGUGCCCUAUUCCAAAUACAGUUUCACUUCUCAUUUCAGAGGUCAUCGUAUUUUUGUCAUUAAUGUCAUUGAAGUCAUUAAUCCUGGGACAAAUAUUGGCAGUCCUCAGAAACUUGUUGAAAUCAGCAGUAUCAGGUAUCAUCAUGUCAUACAUCCGGCACUACAAGACGGGCACAACCCAGCUGUGUAUCCCAGACCCUUUACCUCUUGGUGAUGAAGUCUCCACAAGCCAGGAUUUCUAUGAGGUUGAAGCAGCUCGAGGACAUAUUCCUUCGGCUAGCACUCGUACAUCAUCAGCUGUUGGUCUACACAUCAAACACAACCAUGCAGCUCUGGCUUCUGCAGUUACUCAUAGGACAACCUACCAACAUUAUCAAACCCAGCCAAAUGGUGUGUCAUUACUGAAAAGACCCAAUGAAAUGAAGUCUUUCUGUGCACCGUCGUCAAGUAAAAUUCCUAAGCUUUCAGCACCAUCAGUGUUCAGUUCUGAAUUAAUGACAAUCAAUGAUGCAAUGCUUAACUGUACUAAGAGUGUGUCAAAGAUGUCUUCCUUGUUGACUGCUAAAGGUCUUGCCACGCCUAACAAACAUGUGAGAGAUAUCCCUCCUGCUGGAUGGUCUUCAAAUAUCACUGCUGUAAUGGUACCACAAGCCACGCAACCCAGUAUAUCCAACUAUCACCCUACAAAACAGACCCUGAAUCAAUCCAGACCUGGCCAUACAGUAUCAACUCUGGAACGGAACAAUUCAGUGCAAUGGAGGCAUUAUAAUGUUGGACAUACCAUGUACAAUCCUAGUGCUAUUACUACCACUCCAAGAUAUAAUGUUGGACAUACUACUAACAAACCCAGUGCAAAUGUUCCUUACAAACCAAGUAUUGUGCCAAGAGCUCCCCCAGGGUAUAUUCUGAUACCAAAUAAACCAGUGACACCUGUGCAGUUAGUGAGGAACAAACAUCAUACCACACAGAAUAUGAAUGGAAGAGCCUUACCCCACAACACAUGUGUUACAAAGACAGCUUCAUAUGUCCCUACUGGGAUCGCAGAAUUGUGUGAGCCAGCUGUUAAAGAAAUGAACACUCAUCUGCCCAUACUGAAACAGGGUAACUUGAGCCAACAACAAACUGGUGCUGUACGGUGUAUUUCAUUUGAAACAGCAGGUGAACCUGACAGAUUACCUUUGAAAGAUAUUUAUCUAGACAACACUGCUGAUCUACACACUGACCUAGGAACCUCUGCUGGAGUACUCCCAGGAGAUGUGGUGGAUAUGGUUAGACCAACUGAUUCUGAAAAUGCUUUUGAGAAAGUGCAAAAUGAGAAUGUGUUUGAACUGUGUGACCAGUUGAAAGACAUUAAACCGUAUGUGAUCUCAGGUUGGAUUUCUAGUACUUACUUGUUAGCCUUGAUGCAGAAGUCUAACCUUGUGAAUGAAAUGUUUGAUAAUGCCCUGGACCAUGUUGGUGAUAUCAGACCUGAAGUUGUAAAGAACUGUCGUAAAACCACACCCGCUAUUCUUGCACGAGAUCUCGUGUUUCGUUUGUUUACGCUAGAAGAGUUGAAUGGGAUGAAUCUCAAAAGGCUAUCCAAAAACAAAUUGUGGGCAAUCCGCAGAUGUGUGAAGAAACACUUCCCAGAUUUUGGGAUUUUCUACUGGAAGAAGAAGUGUAUUCCCCAGAUCAAGUCAUCGCUGCUGACACUGUUCAGACACCGAGUGAAACAUGUGCAGGAGUUCUGGUUAUCUCAUUGUGACAGUGAGCAGGUGGACUCAACCAAGUCGGCAUAAAUAGAGCUAAUCCAGUAAAGACGAGAUUGUUGGUUGUGAGUUUAUACCAGAUAAUGGAAAUACAUGCUGCGUUAAAACAUUGUCAGAUCAAUUCACAAAUAUAAGUGCUACUUGUGCCACCUUUGACCCUUUUGAAAGCUGACAGUUUAAAUUAUCAAAUCUGAAUGUCAUUGAGCAAAUGUACCAGAUACCUUUACCUCUUGAAAAUAUGAUUGUGAAAGUUGAUGAAAUGUGAGAAAAUGCAUUAUUGCUUCUUUCGUAAACAUUUCUUAUACAUGUGAGGUGUCGUUCGAACAAACAACUCAUAAUGAAAUCAUAGAAUCAAA